GACCCGAGCCGCCCUAAUGAGAACACCAUAGUGAUUAGAAGUCUGGUCCCAGGCGGUGUGGCCCAGCAGGAUGGGCGGCUGGUACCCGGGGACCGGCUUCUGUUUGUCAACGAUGUUAGUCUGCAAGGUGCCACCCAGGUAGAGGCUGCACAAGCACUCAAAGCAGCUCCUCGCGGGACGGUGGGCAUCGGCGUGGCCAAGUUGUUGCCCUUGAAGGAUGUGUUCCAGUCCGCGGCUCAGGAGGUGACCUGUCCCCCAGCUACAACAUCUCCACCACCCUUUAGGUCGACCCCAACCCCACCCUUGACCCCACCCCUCCGACCAGCACCCUGCUCGCCAAAAAGAUUCGACAUUGAAUCCAAGCUGCGUGGAAGGUCGGGCAUCAUGCAUAGACAGGCGAGCAGCACUUCUUCCUCCGAAUAUUUGACCUCAAGUGACCUUAAGACUCCGCCUGGUUCCCCCCGAGCCUACUACUCGGGUCACUCCGGCUUGACGUCGCCAGAGUUGAACAGGGUAUCGGCUAGCCUAGAGAGGACUGUCCACAUACACAAGAACAACGUGCAUUUGGGUUUAACCGUUGAAACAGUGGACAAAGGAAUCAACGGGUGCGUGGUCAAGAGUAUAGCCAAGCCGAGUGCAGUGGAGCAGGAUGGAAGCAUCCAGGUGGGCGAUUACAUUGUCUCAAUCAACAACGAAAGUCUCCGGCGGGUGACCAACGCCCAGGCUCGGGCCAUCUUUAGAAGGUCCUCGCUCCUGGGGUCAGAU